AUGGACCCAAAUACUGGUUAUCCCGCCGGCUAUCCCGUCCCGACUCAGAGCCCGCAAAACCAACAGAUGCCUUUUUACCCUAAUGGUGUUCCCCCAUACCCCCAGUCAAAGACACCCUCCGCUCAACAUUUCGGUACUAUGCCCAUGCAGCCCGGUCCUGGUGGAGCGAUGAUGCCUUCAGGUUACCCGCAGCAAUCCUCCGCACCUAUGGAUAAUUUCUCAGCUCCUUUCGUCCAAGCCCCCAUUCCCAACCCCAUGGGGCAAUUUGUUCCCCCCCAGGGCACCUCCGGCGCAAACAUGCCAUCGCAAGUAGCGCAGACCUUUUCUCAGAACAUGGCCUCCAUAUCAGCGAACAACCUACUCAACACACAACCUAGACCCACUUCACAAAUGAAUUCACCCCAAAUUGGGGCCCCUGCCCCUGCUGCUCAAAACCAGGCACAAGCCCACGCUCAAGCGCAGGCGCAGGCACAGGCUCAGGCUCAGUUUGCGGCGCGUGAGAAGGCCCGCGUCACAACUCUCCUUGACAUCAACUCGGCUUUGUUGCAAGAAGUGGUGAACCUUCAAGCGGCCGGCAAGGCUGGUCCAGCUUCCAACCCAGAAACCAAUUCACCGGCAUCAGAGCAACCCGAUCCCUCCAAGGCCAACCAAAAGCCGAGCCCUGAAUACAUCGAGUGCAUGCGACGCUUGCAAGUCAACUUGGCCUACCUUGCGACUAUUGCUGAUCGAGCGAAGAAGGCCAGUGGCGUCGUACCUCAGACCCCUGCAAUCAUGACACCUCCUCAAAACCUUCCUGCUUUGAAUGAACUAUAUGCCAAGCUCAAUGAGCUCUUCUCGCGACCAGCGAAGACCUCUACUCCGCAAAGGCUGAGCCCUCAGUCCAUGCAAGGCACGGGUGGUCCUAGCCCUAGCGGUACUGAGUCGGGCAUCUGA